AUAGUAGGUACCUAGGUACUGUGGUAGGUACACCUGUAAGGUACAUGUAUUGUAUUGUACCUUCCCUAUGUGGGGUUUUAUACAUACAAUGCGAGUACCUUGAGGUCUCUUAAGCUUAAGUGCUGAUUCAUAUCAAUGGGACCACCUUCACUGAAUUACCUGGACAAUUUCCCACUUUCAUUAUUGCAUUUUUAGGCAACAAAGCUAAGUCGGAGAAAUCUAAUGAGGUAUACAUCUCUCCAUAUGAAUUUCUUAGAAUUCUCAUCGCCUUCAAGGAAUAUGAAAGGUGAAAUAAACGUGGAAAAUGACGUGACGCGUCUCAUAUUGGGGAUUUCACAUUCUUACUUACAAGCCAUAUCAUGGACGCAUUCUUGAAAGGAACCAAGCGGAAAUCAUCCGCUGUGGAAGAUUCGUUUCAAGUCGAUGAUGACGAGUCCACGGACGUGAAACUGGCAAUUCUCUCGUCUUUAUACGCUAAUGUCAGCCAGGAAGCCUUACUAGAAUCUCUCUUAGAGCACGAUGGUUCUGUUCGAGCUGCUUCCGCUUCUCUAGCUGAGGAUCGAUCAAUAUCGCCGAAGAAGAAACAAAAUAGCGCUAUCGGCUAUCAGUCUUCGCUCAGACUAUUUGCGUCUAAGUCUUCGACUGGAGAACGACCUGUGUCACCGAAGAAGGCAAGAACCCUUUCCAAGAAAGGGACAACGCUUCACUUGUAUGAUCCUGAGGAUGUAGCCGAACAUACACCUUGCAGUAUCAUUCAUAACUUUCUACCCUCAGAUGAAGCCAACGAGCUUCUCAAAGAAAUGUUAAUCGAAUCUGGUUCGUUCGAUAAAAUCACCUUCAAAUUAUUCGAUAACGUGGUUCAGAGCCCACAUACGUCGAGCUUCUACGUGGGAACGGAAGCCGAGAUUAACACUCAGAAACAUGAUUACUUCUACAACGGGGCUCGAUUGACGGACGUCCGGCCUAUCACUCCUCAGCUUUUACGUGUUCGCCCAAAGGUUCAAGAAGCGGUAAAUAGAGAAAUUCAAACCCGUAUCAAGACUCGUUAUCCCGGUGGGCGAAAGUUGAAAUACCAAUCUCCGGAUCCAUGGUCACCGAAUUGUGCCUUCGUCAAUUGUUACAAUGGACCUCAGGAGAGCGUUGGCUAUCAUAGCGAUCAACUGACCUACUUAGGUCCGCGGGCUGUAAUAGGCUCACUUUCCUUAGGUGUGGCAAGAGAAUUUCGUGUUAGACGGAUUAUGCCAAAAGAUUCUAGUACCAGGCCCACGGAUGAUCCGGACGCUGAAGGACAAAUCUCUAUACACCUUCCACAUAAUUCUCUCUUAGUUAUGCAUGCUGAGAUGCAAGAGGAAUGGAAACAUAGUAUCGCUACGGCCCAAGCGAUCGAUCCUCACCCUAUUGCAGGCAGCCGGAGGAUCAAUAUCACAUACCGGGAUUACAAGCCAAAUUUCCACGCAAAAUAUACGCCGAGAUGUAAAUGUGGCAUUCCUGCUAUACUGAGGGUUGUUCAAAAGAAGAAGGAAAACCAAGGGAAAUAUUUUUGGAUGUGCCACGGCGGAAAUGUACCUGGUAAAGAGAAUUGCUCAUUCUUCCAAUGGGGCGACUUCGAUGCCGACGGGAAUCCCAGCUGGGACAAGUCUCGGUAUAAACCUGCCUAGAACAAUGGAAAUUUCGAGGACGAAAUACAAUGAUAUACUUACUUUUAGUGCCUUUGACACAGGUACAUAUCACGUCGAAGAGGGAACAACUGAUAGAUCGCCAUGUACCGGACCUUGUAUUAUUCUGGUCUAAAGUUUGAGUGGAGAUAAAGCAUCGA